UCGUUGUCUUUUCCAUUGGGAGCAACCUCCCUCAUUAUGACCUUCUUCCUUCUCAAAACUUUGGGAAUCCAGAGUUGAGAGGGGAAAAGAGAAGUUCUUUGAGGAAAAAAUUGGAUUUUUUUGGCUACACAUCUCUUGUUUUCCUUCAUGUAUCCUUAAUGAGUUUAUAAGAGUUAGUUAUUUGGAGAAAAGAUUGGAUUUUUUUCGUUGGACACCCAUUUAGGUAUUUUUGAUGGGUAAUUGUCUGAUUACUUCUUCAAGAGUUCAGAGUGCUCAGAGCUCUCAGCAUGCUUCUGGUCCUUCGAAAGUCACCAGCAGAUCAAGUUUGUCAUCAUUCCCAUCAACUCAAACAUUCUCAACUCCAUCUACUGUAACCAUACCCUCUUAUACUGAGAGAAGCAUCGAGGUUCUUCCAACACCGAGAACCGAAGGAGAAAUUCUAUCAUCCUCAAAUUUGAAGGCAUUCACAUUCAGUGAACUCAAAAGUGCCACGAGAAAUUUCAGGCCUGAUAGCCUUUUGGGUGAAGGAGGAUUUGGGUGUGUUUAUAAAGGUUGGAUCGAUGAACAAAGUUUUGCUCCUUCAAAGCCUGGCUAUGGCAUGGUCGUUGCUAUCAAGAAGCUGAAACCAGAAGGUUUUCAGGGUCAUAAGGAGUGGCUGACAGAGGUUGAGUAUCUUGGCCAGCUUCACCAUCCAAAUUUAGUGAAGCUCAUUGGCUACUGUUCAGAUGGUGACCACCGCCUUUUGGUUUAUGAAUUCAUGCCUAAAGGAAGUUUGGAGAAUCAUCUUUUUAGAAGAAGUUCGCAGCCACUUUCUUGGGCCAUAAGGAUUAAAGUAGCAGUUGGAGCUGCAAGAGGAUUUGCAUUUUUGCACGAUAGAGAGUCCCAAGUUAUUUAUCGAGAUGUGAAGGCCUCAAACAUUCUCUUGGAUUCGGAAUUUAAUACGAAGCUUUCAGACUUUGGAUUGGCCAAGGCUGGCCCUACUGGGGAUAAUACUCAUGUCUCCACACAAGUCAUGGGAACUCAUGGUUAUGCUGCUCCACCCCACCCCACCCCCCCAAACAAAAAGAAGAAGAAGAAGGAAACAAACAAAUUUAGGACUUACAGAUGCCGUCUUUCUGCUAAAGCCGAUGUCUACAGCUUCGGCGUCGUCCUUCUAGAACUACUCUCAGGACGCCGAGCCUUCGACAAAAACAAGAUCGGCAUCGAACAGAACCUAGUAGAUUGGGCCAGGCAUUUUCUUGGAGACAAACGAAAACUGUAUCGGAUAAUGGAUUCAAGAUUGGAGGCCCAAUACCCGAAAAAAGCGACCCAUACUGUCGCCACACUAGCACUGCAGUGCAUAAGCAAUGAAGCCAAGCUCAGGCCUAAAAUGUCUGAAGUCUUAGCUGCUCUUGAGCCACUACAAGACUCUAAAGAGAUGAUGAAGCAAACAGGUAGAAGCGGAGGAAUGGUGUUGGAUCCGGGUCCGGGUUCAAAAUCACCAAUCGGGUACGUAAAUUCGCCGAGGAGAGGAAUGGGUAACGGGUCUCCUAUGGCAUCCAAUAGAAAGUCCCCGAGGGUGAGAUAA